AUGUCAGACGAAGAGAAACAAGAGAUAACGCACGAUGACUACAAUUUCCCGCCAGGGACUGUCCAUCUUGUUGAUAUGCAUGGUACUUUAAAUGUGAAGAAGGGUGAAGGUAAUAUCAUCUUGCAUCCACAACCAUCUUCCAAUGUUAACGAUCCACUAAGAUGGUCCAAAACGAAAAGAAACUUGCAAUUUGCUUUAAUUUGGUUCUGGGCUUUUAUGUUGGCCCUUACAUUGAGUUUCAUGGGGCCUUUGUUUGCCGAUUGGAUAAUUGAAUUUAAUACAACCUAUAACGAACUCGGUGUUGCAGUUGCUUUAGGUUUCUUGGGAUUAGGGGUCGGUGUGUGUUUUAUUCAGCCAACUGGGUUGAAAAUGGGAAAGGUGUUUGUCUAUAAUUUGGGUACUAUCCUUGCGAUUGUUGCCUGUGCUAUGGGUUCUCAGUCCACUAAUAUUGGGUACUUUCACGCUUUCAGAAUUUUGGCUGGUUUGGCUGCAUCCCCUGUUGAUACAUUGGUUGAAAUUUCAGCUAACGAUUUGUUUUUCCAACAUGAGAGGUCUACUGCAUUCAGCUCGCUAAUUUUGGCGCUUUAUGGAGGUACUGACUUGGGCCCAGUCGCAGCUGGAUACAUUGCAGACAGCAUGGAUUGGAGUUGGUGCUACUAUAUUCAAAUCGUGAUUUACAUUCCAUUACUAGCACUUCAGUUUUUCUGGAUGGAAGAAACUACAUUCAGACGUUCCAAGAACGAGGAAGAAGAGUUGGAGGAGGAGAUUCUUGCCCAAAUCAAGUCUCAUGAAACUGGAAAAUCUGCCGAAUUGGUUUCAAGCGAACAAAAGGACAACAUUGAUGUACUUGUCAACUCCAGUCCAGAAGACCAAGAUCAAGUCAAGUUGACAUACUGGCAAAGGCACAAGUUGUAUCACACUGAGCACAACGAUACGAGAUCUUGGUUGUGUAUUUUCUUGAGACCUUUCUAUUUAGUCGCAUUUCCCGCUGUUGUUUGGAGUGGUAUGAUCUACGGGUUCCAGAUGUUUUGGUUAUCUCUUGUUAUAAAUACGCAAUCAGCAAUAUAUUCAGCUGAGCCUUAUAAUUUUAGUGUGAAUAAUGUUGGUUUGACAACAAUGGGUCUUUUCAUUGGUAACGUGAUUGGUAUGUUUUACGGAGGACCAUUUGUCGACUGGUUCGCUAUCAAAAUGGCUGGACGCAACAAUGGUAUCAUGGAACCAGAACAUAGAUUGCACACAAUGCUUGUACCAACAGUUUUCAAUGCCGCGGGCAUUUUGGCAUACGGUUUGGGAUCUUAUUAUGGAAGUCACUGGGCCAUCUCAGUUGUUGUAGGUCAGGGAUUAAUGGGUUUUGCCAUGAGUUCGUCGGGAGCAAUCUGUUUGGUUUACGCUGUCGAGUGCUAUGAGAAAUUAGCCAGUGAAUCUCUUGUGUUGAUUUUGUUCAUUAGAAAUAUGAUUGGUAUGGGAUUCUCUUUCGCUAUUUCUCCAUGGAUUGCUGCAGAAGGUUUGAUGAAAACUACUUAUGCCAUGUUUGCUCUUUCAGUAAUCGUUAAUGGAAGUUACAUUUUCUUGACUUGGAAGGGUAAAGCCAUCAGACGUUGGACAAAAGCUCGGUAUGAAAGGGUUAGUGUUCCUUCUUACGGGGAGAUGUUCAAGAGAAAUAAAUAA